UAUAUUUCAUUUUAUUCGGUAUGUGGAAUAAACUUAUUUUAGCUGUAUUUAUGGCUUCGCAGGUGUUUGUAACAUCUGCACGAGGAACUGAUUUAACUAAAAAACUGAAACCUGAAUACCGAGUCUUCUACUAUGAUGAAGAGAUAAACUACUAUUUAAAUACCAUAAAUACUAUUAACCAAAAAUACAACGAAGGAAAAAUUGAUGGAGAUACGAUUGAAAAGCAGACAUAUUAUUGUGGGGAUAAUCAUUGGGGUAAAGAUGAUCCUGCAAUAGUUAAAACUCUUUAUCAUUUAUUGGCAAAACCCGCCGUGGAAGUUACCAAACACAGGAUGGAUACACAUACGUUUUCGAGUUGGAGGGUUUAUCAUCUUCCCUCACUUCAUAAUUUUACUUACUGUAUGGACAAUGGACUUCUUAAAAAAUAAACAUGAUUAUAAAUAAAUAUAAAAUAAUAUUUGUUGAAACAUUUAAUAAAUAUUAUGAUUUCCAA